AGGUUUUCUGCCUUCAUGAGCUCCAGAUGAGAAGAGGCUGAGCAGAGGUUCUGUGAACUGCCCUGAAAUUAAUUUUGCAGCCAUGCAGCAGGUGCUGGAUAACCUCAAGGAGCUGCCGCCUUCAACAGGAGCCAAAGACAUCGACCUCAUCUUCCUCCGUGGCAUUAUGGAGAGUCCCAUAGUUCGUUCCCUUGCUAAGGCUCACGAGCGAUUGGAGGAUGUUAAGCUGGAGGCGGUGCGAAGUAAUAACGUGGAGCUAGUGAGUGAGAUCCUGUCUGAUAUGAGCAGUCUGACCACUCAUGAUGAAAGUGCAGCAGAACUCUGUAAGAUCCUGAAGGAACCGCACUUCCAGUCCCUGUUAGAAGCUCACGACAAGGUGGCCUCUAAGUCAUAUGAAGCUCCUCCCACCAGCACCAAUUCCACCAGCAUGGCCAGCUCAUCCCUCAUGCCGGCUGACACGGUUCGCAUGAUCAGCAUCCAGAAGAAGGCCGGAGAGCCUCUGGGUGUAACAUUCCGGGUGGAGGAUGGUGACCUUGUCAUUGCGCGUGUUCUGCACGGCAGCAUGAUUGACAGGCAAGGAAUGCUGCAUGCAGGUGAUGUCAUCCGAGAGGCGAAUGGCCGAGAGGUGGGCAAAGACCCCAUGGCAUUACAGCACAUGCUGAGGGACUGCAAUGGAAGCGUCACACUCAAAAUCCUGCCCAGCUACAGGGACACACCUCCACCCGCACAGGUGUAUCUGAAGCCACAUUUCAACUACAAUCCUGAUACCGAUAAUCUGAUCCCUUGUAAAGAGGCUGGUUUGGCUUUCUCUAAAGGAGACAUUCUGCAUAUAGUGAACAAGGAGGACCCCAACUGGUGGCAAGCAUGUAAUAUAAAUGGAGGCCGCACUGGCUUGAUCCCCAGUCAGUUUCUUGAGGAAAAGAGGAAGGCAUUUGUGAGGAGAGACCUGGAUAGAUCGGGAAUCCUCUGCGGGACAUUAACUGGAAAAAAGAAGAAAAAGAAAAUGAUGUACUUGACCGCGAAAAAUGCAGAAUUUGACCGCCAUGAAUUACAGAUCUACGAGGAAGUAGCAAAGAUGCCUCCAUUCCAGAGAAAAACUCUUGUGCUGAUUGGUGCACAAGGAGUGGGUCGCCGAAGCCUCAAGAACCGCCUGAUUGUGUUAAACCCGCUGCAAUAUGGAACUACUGUACCUUUCACUUCUCGGCAUCCACGCGAUGACGAAAAGGAUGGCCAGUCAUACCGCUUUGUGUCCCGGGAGGAGAUGGAGACAGACAUCAAGGCAAGUUGCUACCUUGAGCAUGGAGAAUAUGAUGGCAAUCUAUAUGGAACCAAAAUCGACUCGAUCCAUGAAGUCAUUCGCACAGGACGGACUUGCAUACUGGAUGUCAACCCACAGGCGCUAAAGGUACUGAAGACAUCAGAGUUUAUGCCAUUCGUGGUUUUCAUCGCUGCCCCAGAGCUCGACACACUACGGGCCAUGCACAAAGCUGUGGUGGAUGCUGGGAUCACAACCAAGCUACUGACGGAAACGGACCUAAAGAAAACAGUGGACGAAAGCGCCAGGAUCAAGCGGGCGUACAAUCACUACUUUGAUCUAACUAUAGUUAAUGACAAUCUAGACAAGGCCUUUGAGAAUCUGCAGGCAGCUGUGGAGCAGUUGACCACACAACCACAGUGGGUCCCUGUGAACUGGGUUUACUGAGACGUACAGCGGUCCAAACACCUCAUCAUCAUCAUCAUCUGUGGCAUAACCGAUGCGUCAGCGGCACAGAACACAAGUUCACACUGAACGGACCUAGCAGUCACUAUGCAAAUAUACACUAGCCAUCCAGUCACGACAGACAAAAGGGAAGUGUACUUAUUUAUUAACGUUUUUUUAUUUUCUACUGACUAAACUUAAAUACUCUGAGGGGAAAAAACAAAUAGGAUAUUUUUGAAUGGCUUGUCAUUAAAAUAGUGAUUUAAUAAUUUUCCAAGUAAGUAUAAGCUGCAUUACAGUAUUUAAAGCAGGGGUCUGCUUUCUUGCUGUAAUUUUAGUGUUACAAACGUUGGUUUACAGUGCAGGCUUCAUCUCGCAUUUCUUACAGUUCCGUCACUACAGUAUGUCAAGCAGCUUUACCCCCAGCUUCACAGUCAAGGCUUAAACUCUAGUCCCAGACUAAAAUGCAUGUUUGAGCUGUCUCAACUGAAAAUAUCUUGCUCUGAC